GGUUGCCAAGCCGGGAGCCGAAUGGGCGCGCCGCACCGGGGGAGAGGCCCACGGCCGUGGUCCCGCCUUUGCCUGCCCGCCCCUCCCCGGACCGCUACUUAAGUGGCUCCGGCGGCGCCCCCCUUCCUCAGUGUGUUACUUACCUCGACUCUUAGCUUGUCGGGGACGGUAACCGAGACCCGGUGUCUGCUCCUGUCUCGAGCGCCUGCUAACCCAGAGCCACCAUGCGUGAGUGCAUCUCCAUCCACGUAGGUCAGGCUGGCGUCCAGAUCGGCAACGCCUGCUGGGAGCUCUACUGCCUGGAACACGGCAUCCAGCCCGAUGGCCAAAUGCCAAGUGACAAGACCAUUGGGGGAGGAGAUGACUCCUUCAACACCUUCUUCAGUGAGACGGGGGCGGGCAAACAUGUGCCCAGGGCAGUGUUUGUCGACCUGGAACCUACCGUCAUUGAUGAAGUUCGCACUGGCACCUACCGCCAGCUCUUCCACCCUGAACAGCUCAUCACAGGCAAGGAAGAUGCUGCCAAUAACUAUGCCCGGGGGCACUACACCAUUGGCAAGGAGAUCAUCGACCUCGUCUUGGACCGAAUUCGGAAGCUGGCGGACCAGUGCACAGGCCUUCAGGGCUUCUUGGUUUUCCACAGCUUUGGUGGGGGAACUGGUUCUGGGUUCACCUCCCUGCUGAUGGAACGUCUCUCUGUCGAUUAUGGCAAGAAGUCCAAGCUGGAGUUCUCCAUUUACCCAGCCCCCCAGGUUUCCACAGCUGUAGUUGAGCCCUACAACUCCAUCCUCACCACCCACACCACCCUGGAGCACUCUGAUUGUGCCUUCAUGGUAGACAAUGAGGCCAUCUAUGACAUCUGUCGUAGAAACCUGGAUAUUGAGCGCCCCACCUACACUAACCUGAACCGCCUUAUUAGCCAGAUUGUGUCCUCCAUCACUGCCUCCCUCAGAUUUGAUGGAGCCCUGAAUGUUGAUCUGACAGAAUUCCAGACCAACCUGGUGCCCUAUCCCCGCAUCCACUUCCCUCUGGCCACUUACGCCCCAGUCAUCUCUGCUGAGAAAGCCUACCACGAACAGCUUUCUGUAGCAGAGAUCACCAAUGCUUGCUUUGAGCCAGCCAACCAGAUGGUGAAAUGCGACCCUCGCCAUGGUAAAUACAUGGCUUGCUGCCUGUUGUACCGUGGUGAUGUGGUUCCCAAAGAUGUCAAUGCUGCCAUUGCCACCAUCAAGACCAAGCGCAGCAUCCAGUUUGUGGACUGGUGCCCCACUGGCUUCAAAGUUGGCAUUAAUUACCAGCCUCCCACUGUGGUGCCUGGUGGGGACCUGGCCAAAGUACAGCGAGCUGUGUGCAUGCUGAGCAACACCACAGCCAUUGCUGAGGCCUGGGCUCGCCUGGACCACAAGUUUGACCUGAUGUAUGCCAAGCGUGCCUUUGUUCACUGGUACGUGGGUGAGGGCAUGGAGGAAGGGGAGUUUUCUGAGGCCCGGGAGGACAUGGCUGCCCUCGAGAAGGAUUAUGAGGAGGUUGGUGUGGAUUCUGUUGAAGGAGAGGGUGAGGAAGAAGGAGAGGAAUACUAAUUACCAUUCCUUUCACCCCUGCAGCAUGUUAUCACUCAGAACUUCAGCUUCAGCAUUAACUGACAGGUGUUAUUCUGAUUAGAUUGUCUUCCCCUUUAAAUGUGAUCAUGUCUUUUCCAUGUGUAUCUGUAAAAGAGUUCCAUCAUGUGUCAAAGUAAAGGCUUUAAGCAAGAAA